AUGAUCAGCAGAAAGCUCGCUAUAGUAGAAAAAAAUGAUGUAUAUUUUAAAGCUGGCCUCAUAAAAAGCUUUGGUAGCAAGUACGGAUUACACAUCAUUAUCUUGGUUUCUUUGGGUCUUGUAGUUGGUACACUUGCAGCUAUGAGGUAUAGAAGAAGAGUGGAGGAAAAUAAAGCUAUAUUAACUAAGGCGCCAAAAGUCGAUGCAGUACAGCAAGAAGCCGUAGAAAAUAGAGUCCAUGACCAGCGCAACUCUUAUGUGAGUAGCCCUUAUGGAAUAAAUAGAGAUUAUAUGUUAGACACGCACAGUUUAGCAUAUAGAAAGCCAGAAUUAUCCCAAGCAGAAGAGCACUUUGAGAGACCAAUUAUUACAGAGCAAGAAUGGGCUGAAGCCAUAAAGAAUAUAACCCUAACGGAUUAUAUGGACAACGAGGCUGAGCCUUUGAUAUUAGUGGAAGAUAUAGAUAGUGAUUCAUUUGGCGAGUUUGUAACUGCGCAAAAUCCCAUAGACGUACCAGCAGAAGAAAAGAUAGACUUUUCUGCCAAGCCAGAUCAAGAGCCCAUUGCAGAACCACCACAUGUGAAUGAUGUGUCUGAGACUGAGAAUGCACACAAUGAAGUGGCUGACAUAAAGAUAGACGAGAAAGCAGUGGAAUCUAGCAGUAUGCACUCUAUGGUAUCAGAGUUAGGCAAUGAUACAUUGGAUAGGCUGCCGGCUUGUACCCCAAAUGAUACAAAAAAUGAUUCUGCAUACCUUGAAGAGUCUGAAGAAUCCACAAGCAGACACUCUGAUAGCCUUCAAAAUGAACCUUCUGCCAAAAAACCAGACACAGCAAAAGUUGAAGAACCUCAAGAGACUAAGAACUCUGUAGAGAGCGAGAAGAAUACACCAAGCUCUAGCAAUGUAAGCACACAGUAA